UUUUUUUUUGCAGCAUCAGUACCGCGUUCGGAAUAGCAUUCGUGUGCUGGAGUCAGAGCGCGCUGCGGGGCAUCACUGCACCGCCACGGAGGACACACCAUCACAGAAGCAGGAACAGGGAAAAGGCAAAAAGGCGUGAAAUAGUGCAGAGGGGGAAGAACAGCGCGCCCUUUUUCCCCUGAAAUCACCUAAAUCUGUGGGAAAUUAAACAGGACCCAGACAUUCGCCUAUAAUAGAUCCACGAACGCAGCGGACAUCUCAAGCGAUAUUUUUGGCCAGCACGGCGGGGAAAAAUGAAGGAUCGCACGCAGGAACUACGAAGUGCUAAGGACAGUGACGAUGACGAGGAAGUCGUUCAUGUCGACCGAGAUCACUUUAUGGAUGAAUUUUUUGAACAGGUGGAGGAGAUCCGUGGCUGUAUUGAAAAGCUGUCGGAGGAUGUAGAACAGGUGAAGAAGCAGCACAGUGCCAUCCUAGCAGCACCCAAUCCUGAUGAAAAGACCAAGCAGGAGCUGGAGGACCUCACAGCUGACAUUAAGAAGACAGCCAAUAAAGUGCGCUCUAAAUUAAAAGCAAUCGAACAAAGUAUCGAGCAAGAGGAGGGGUUGAACAGAUCAUCUGCAGAUUUGCGGAUCCGCAAGACACAGCACUCCACGCUGUCACGCAAGUUUGUGGAGGUGAUGACGGAGUACAACACCACGCAGUCCAAAUACAGGGACCGCUGCAAGGACCGCAUUCAGAGACAACUGGAAAUUACUGGAAGAACAACUACCAAUGAGGAGCUGGAAGACAUGUUGGAGAGCGGGAAGCUUGCUAUCUUCACUGAUGAUAUCAAAAUGGACUCCCAGAUGACCAAGCAGGCACUAAAUGAGAUUGAGACUCGACACACUGAGAUCAUUAAGCUGGAGAACAGCAUCCGUGAGCUGCACGACAUGUUUGUGGACAUGGCCAUGCUGGUGGAGAGUCAGGGAGAGAUGAUUGACAGAAUUGAGUAUAACGUGGAACACUCUGUGGACUAUGUAGAGAGAGCAGUUUCUGACACCAAGAAGGCUGUCAAAUACCAGAGUCAGGCACGCAAGAAGAAGAUCAUGAUCAUCAUCUGCUGUGUAAUUUUGGGAGUGGUUUUGGCGUCCACUAUCGGAGGAACCCUGGGCUUCUAAACGACACGAAGAGAGACAAACACUUGGAAAGCUGAGUGUUUUAUCCACUUAAACACGAGAUAAGGAAACUGUCAUAAAACGGGGGUUGGGUAGGGUAAAAAUCGAAUAUUAAAAAAAUCAAACAAUCAAAAAAAAUAAAUAAAGGAGAUGUUAUGUACUAGCGGAUUUAAAUAUAUACGAAAGUGGGUUCAAAUACAAUAUAAUAUUUACAAACUGUACAUGCAAAUGUAUUGAACAUAAAGCAGCACAUGGGUUACUACCUGUAAAGGAAUAAAAAUCCAUUUUUGUUUUUAUUUUAUUUUUUAGCGUUGCUUUCAUUUUUGGGGGGGCCUCCAGGACAGUGCCAGCAACUGCUAAAUUGUUUUCCGUUCCGGCAGAACAUGGUGUUUGGUAAACCAUACUAGCAUUACAAAUACAAACCAACCGACUGCACAGAUGUUAUAGAUAGUAGUUCUAGUCAGAUUUCAAUGGCCUAAUGUACCGAGUGGUUGCUUGCAUUUAGAUGAAAUCUCUCAUCGUUACAUUAUUAGCUCAUUACCGAUGAAGUGCUGCAGUUUAAAAGCAAGUCUUAAUACACUUACUGUGGGCAACCGAUAAAAAAAAAAACGAAGAAAAAAGAACUAAGAAGCACACAUUUCAAAUUGUGAGAGGAAGUGAUUAUCACCAAGCUUGUACAUGAAGAUGAUUUAGUUUUUACUUCAUUUGCUGUAGGCAGCGGGGGAACGGACAUUUCAUUUUAACACUUUACGAAAGCUACAGGAUAGAUAGCGUGGCAUUGCGCAAACUGUUGAACUAUGCAGUUUAGACAGUGAUUUGCCCCUGCUUUUUGAUUUAAUUUAUGAAAAGAUUCUGAAAGAAGAUUUAUUGUAAGGAACGCCUAGCCUAAAUAUUAUCUUUUGGAGGGUAGCUAGGUCUGCUGAAAUGAAUUUUCCUUAUUUUAUGUUAGUUUUGUGCUUUUUAAUUUGCCUUGUUACAUAAAUUGCAUUUAUAUUUUACAUUAUAAUAUAAAGGAUGGGCUUGAACAUGACCGUUUUGGUUUUGAAGGAUCGUUUUGGGAGUUUGCUUGACGUUUUACCUUGGUGCUAGUUUAUGAAGAGAGAGUAAUAAAAUUAACUACGGGGACGUGAUAGACACUCUUAGAUCCUUAUUGUUAAAUUCUACAUAUCAUAUGGGAGUAGGUGCAGUGCAGACGAGCUAUCUGAUGAAAUCUUUACCUGUAGAUGCAUUCUUCAGUUCAAUUGAAGAAAUUUGUACGGAUGGUCAGGACACUUAUUAUGCAGCGACUAAAUGGAAAGACAUUUACACAAACUUUAUAUGAAAUAACUAAAAUAUAGCUCUAAACGCCCAGAGAGACGACAUCUUGUUAUGAUAACUUUUGCUUAGAAUAGGACGCUUCGAUUUUGUCCAAAUAUAUAUAUUUUUUCUUUCAAGAAACACAAAUCAAACAGCUGCAUCAUGAAUUUGUUGCAUCCUUUCCAUUGUGGAGAGAAAGUGCCAGAUUGGUUAAUUAUGUACUGCUUGUUUUUAAUUCAAGGGCUAAAAUGUUAAACAAAACUUUAGCCCUGGGUUUUUUUUUUCUUUUGAUGAAGAAUCCCUCUCGGCUUGAUUCAGAUUCGUUGCACCCUUAGAACGCCCUUACCCUCAUGUUAAUGAUGUCCAACUCUGAAAGUGCAAUCCUUUUCUCAAUACGGACUUCAUUUUCUAUGUACUGCUCAUUAUAGAAUAUAUAACAGGAGCCCCCCCACCCCGUCCCACCAUCCCUUUACCUACCCAAAGCAAGUAGUAGGGAACAGGAAUGAUUCUGGGGAUAAAUACUGUACACUUUUUACAAAGCCUGAGGCAGAGGGCCGGGACUAUUUUGCUUUAAUCAUUCCAGUAAUGUCCAGCAUGUUUUCUUUGAAACUUCUGUGUAUUUAGUGUCAAAUCACUUACAUGUAUGGUAAAAUGAGGUAAAUAUGUAUGUCGGUGUUGUUUUUUAGUAGACGAUAUAGCUGGAAGGCCCUUAUUUGUUAACGCAUGCAACUUUCGCUUUGUUAGUUUGCAUGGCUCUCGAUCAUGUGUGCACUUUACAAUCAAAGAAAACAAUGUUGUAUGCCGCCACAUUUUUUGGGUUGUACCGUUUUCCGUUUUGUUAAUAUGUUUGUUUUGUUAAUUUAUGAUUAUUUAUUAAGACUCUUUAAGGGUUGGAUGGGGGGAUUGACUUAAUUUACUAGUUCUGCUGCCUAUUUCAUCAUGACCCUGACGAUGCUGGAGUUUUACCGUGGUCCCCAUGAAUGUGUUCCCUGUGGAUGUGCACAUGAAUACAAAAAUCAGUUUGUUGUCGGGUAUUUUGUUCCUAAACCACAUCUGUAGUGUAAAACAACGUAUUUGCCCCCCCCCUCGCCCUCUGGAAACACUCUGGGUACAAAUAAUUUUUGCGCAUCUUGUUCAUUUUUCCUUCCCCCGAUGUUUUCCCGAACUUGAUUGUUGUGCUUAAGUAGUGAUGAUAUGUGAAUUCUUUCGUAAGACUAUUCUUUAUUGUGAGUCGUGUGCUGCAGUGUCGAUUUGCGCAACUCAAAAGGCCAUGUAUGCGUGCCCUGUCCCUUCGGGAUUUUUUCCUUUUUUACGUACAUGUUGCUGUAUAUGUGAGCAUGAGCAUUUGUGUGUGUGGUUGUGCGUGCGUGUGUGUGUGUGCUCGUCUGGUGUUGGAGCCGCAAGGGGCUUCUCUGGUCUGCAGGUCUAUGGUAUGCAGCUCUAACGCUCCAGUUCUGUGCCGACUUCAUUCAAAUGUUAAGAAAAGUAAUAAGACUAAAAAGCCAAAGCAUUAUGCGAGUACAGAGCACAAUGUUACAGUCGACUGUAUUGUGUAGUCCACCCUGCCCGUGAAUCUUGUGAACUCUCUUGCAUAUUCAUUGACUGUUUUCAAUUCCACCGCUUUCAGCGACAAGGUUCUUGAUAUAUAAAGGUUUAUUUAUGUUUCUAUUCAUUCUGCACAAUAUGUAUAAUGUAUACUACACAAGCUUGUUCGUUUUAAAGCACUUUCUCCAAAAACAGCUACGUACAAAACAAAUAUCCCCCAACGAUGUUCAAAUGUUUUGUGUACUGUAUGUUGUUUUUUUUCUUGCUCCCCUCAAUGAUGCUGUUUAUGUUACCAUUUUCCCCUUGUUCAACUCACUUGCAUUGCUUCCUCUGUGCUGGCAAUACAUUAGACGUAGACAUUAGAUCAGCUCUGGUUAAAAGAAAAUGAAAUAAAUAAAAAAAUCUGUAUACUGACAUGGGCACAGAUCUGGAUGAAAGUCUUCUCAGUUGUCUUAUUUUCAUUUUUCAACAGUUUUUGGAUGUUUGUCACUCAGACACUGAAAUGACCAGACAGCACUGGCAUAACACAGCACAUUGAGAAGGCAUUUUGUAAAUGAGUGAAAAUUACAAACUAUUAUAUAUUAAAACCAAACAAAAAACAAUGUACCUUUUAGAGCUUAAUUGCAUAAUAGUCUUUUUGGUUGGGGUUGUUGAGUGCCUCAUCACUGCAGGUGAAUAAAAAACCCAAUCCACAUGGCGAGUGAAUGGCAACACUACAAAGCUAGAAAACUUCCGCCAUGAUCGACGAAGCCGUCUGCUGCUAUGUAGACUGCUUUGUAGAUUGUAAUGCUCGCUUGGUUUCCACAUGUGCUAUAGCAAAGACUUUUACGUUAAUUGAUACGACUUCUCGGUCCAAGGCUAAUGAGCGCCCAAGACCUGCGAUCGUGAUUUUUCUCAACAGCCCUAGCCAUGAUCCUCCUUAAUUUCAUCCCCUUUUGUGUCAUUCCUUUGAUCUAUAUUCCCAUUAAACUUUAUACCAGUAUUCUUGUUUCAGUGUUAGAUUUAGAAUGAGGAAACGGUUUGUGGAGAUGGUGCUCAAAAUGUGAUUUCAGCAAAAUGAUCAUCAAUUACAGAGAAUGGCCUGUAAUGAUGUGAUGAAAACACUAUUCUAAUUAGAACAGGAAGCAUACUGUAUAAGGAUGACAUAAUUGAAUAAUAUCAUUAUCAAAUGUGAUGAAUUAUAUAACUGCGAUGAUUUAAAGAAUCCCGAGAAGUUGUGUUAUAUUAGUAGUACUAUUGAAUGCUCGCGAUUUUGUCAAUCUGAACUGAACCUUUGUCUUGUAAUUAUUGUAAAUAUUUCAAAGAGAGAAAAAAUGACUUGCAUGUCCAUGUAUAAAACUACUAAAAUAGUUCCUGUCAAAGUUGUGAGAUUGAUUGAUUUUCUUGUUCUUUGCCCUUGUCGCAGUAAUUCGCGGCCGACCGCUUGCUCGCUUGUCUUAAAGCAGUAUCUGACACUGUCAGUGAUGUCAAGGGUGCUCUAUACCGAAGAAAAGACACAAAGCUUUACCAUCAGAUUCAAUACAAUACGUUGUGUUACCUCAGAGAGCCAUUACCGGUUCAACUCUGAGGGAAAAAAGUGCUUCCCUCCAUGUACACCUUCGAUAGGUCUACAGGUCAAAUGCACACCAUCCGUAGCUUCCAGGCACCUUGAACAAUUUUCUUUGCAGAGGUCCACCACAUUGGCAAUGGCAAAUUUAGAACAAAUAGUGGCAUUUUUGUGCAUUUCGUGGAACGUGUUUGGACGCUUUCAUAAUCAGUGUCGGUUAGAAAACCUUGCAUGCGUAGACUGUAGCAUGGCUUAAACUCAAAUGCUCUAGUUAAAGGUCACGCGGGAUGAGCUCUGCUCUUAUACGAAGAGCGCAGUUCUUGGGAUUUGGAAGUUUUCGUUUUAAAGUACAGUAGGAAGACAAUAAGGCUCAAAGCAAACCGAAGCAAAACACCUGUCUGUGCAAUACAAAGAAAAGGGCUUUCUCACACACCCAUUUGAAAGCACUGAAGAAUGCUGACUUCAAUAUUAUUUUGGGAGUUGAGAGAAACACCAGCCACUAACCGUGGCUCCAGCUGUCGUUUUACGUGUCCCCAAACAUCUUCUCAUUGAAAGUCCAUUCAGGGCAGAAACCACAUUGAGAUGGGCACCAAGGAUGGGAAGGAAGAAAUUAAAUCGAUUCCUGCAACUUUGACUUGAAUUGAAACUUCUGUCUUUUAUUUUCUGUGUGUGUAUGUGUGUACUGUAUUGUAAAAAAAAGAAAAAAAAAGGAAAAAGAUACAAACAAACAACAUAACUGUCCCUCUCUCCCCCCUCUCUUGUAAUACUGUUUGCUGUUCUGUUUGGUUAGUGUGGCGUAUACCAGUAUCCCUCUCCUCCCCUAACACCCUUUGCUAUCUUCCUCCCUUCUCUCACAAUCGCUCUCUCUCUCCCUCUUUUCUCCAUGGAUCUUUAAGAUGAGAACUCUAUGCAGAUGCUGUCUUUUAUAAGUGUGUCAAAAUUUUAAGUUGAAAUGAAAAAAGAAAAACCCCAACAAACAGAUAUUAUGAACUGAAACAAAAAAUAAAGAAAAAAACGAUUGUCCAGUGUA